UGCUAACACCUACUCCAUGUUGUCUCUUGUAGAGCCAAAAUCAGUUGCAGAGGCGAUACAAGAUGCAAGUUGGGUGAAAGCAAUGGAAAAGGAGCUUGAUCAAAUAGAGAAGAAUAAGACUUGGACUUUAGUACCAAGACCAGCUGAUAAGAAUGUCAUUGGUACAAAGUGGGUCUUCAAAAACAAGCUCAAUGAGGAUGGCCAAGUUGUGAGAAACAAAGCAAGAUUGGUAUGCAAGGGCUAUGCACAAGUAAAGGGAAUUGACUUUGAAGAGACCUUUGCUCCAGUUGCAAGAAUGGAAGCUAUCAGAUUAUUUCUAGCUUUGGCAGUGCAUCGAGGUUUCAGAGUGUAUCAAAUGGAUGUCAAGUCAGCAUUCUUAAAUGGGAUGCUAGAGGAGGAAGUCUACAUCGAACAACCAGAUGGAUUCCAGCUGAGUGCAGAUCCUACAAUGGUAUGAAGACUGAAAAAAGCACUAUAUGGACUGAAACAAGCACCGAGAGCAUGGUAUUCACGUUUAGAUACCUAUC